UGUACAGACAGACGGCAUGAAAGUCAAUUGGCUAGGAGGUCCAAGCCCCGCACACUGAACGCUUCUAAUAAGGUGCAUAAAUCAAGACGAAACCAUUUCAAUUUUUAUUUUAUCAACGUUUGAAAACUGAGAAAAUACCAUUUAGUAUAGAAGUCUAUCCCUGAAACCAUCUAAUACCGUUAUAAAACUUCCGAGGCUGGACACGUUGUAACCGGUCGGAAAGAUGAAGACCUCAAGAUGGUGGCAGCAAUGUUCAGUCAUCAGCUUCCUGUUAGCUGUUUGGCUUCCAGCCUGGAUCAUGGCCCAGACAACGCCCCCUACCCAGGGCACCACCUCUCCCAAACCCCAGAAUGACCGGCUGCAGUUUCGUCUGGUGGGGUACCCCCGGAAGCACAACGAGGGGCGCAUCGAGGUCUUCUACAAGGGAGAGUGGGGGACCAUCUGUGAUGACGACUUCUCUCUGUCCAAUGCCAACGUCCUCUGUCGCCAGCUGGGCUUCAUUUCCGCUACGGGGUGGACACAUAGUGCCAAGUACGGCAAGGGACUAGGGAAGAUCUGGCUGGAUAAUGUGCAGUGUAACGGAGGAGAGAAGAGCAUUGAGCUGUGUAAAUCUCGGGGUUGGGGCAACAGUGACUGCACACACGAUGAGGACGCUGGAGUCGUCUGCAAGGACGAGAGGCUUCCUGGUUUUGUCGACUCCAACAUCAUCGAUGUGCAGAUGGAUGAGAACAAGGUGGAGAAGGUGCGUCUGCGUCCGGUGGUGCCCACCAAAAAGAUGCCCGUCACCGAGGGUGUGGUAGAGAUUAAGUACAGGAACGGCUGGGUCCAGAUCUGUGAUGUGGGAUGGACCUCCAAAAACACUCGGGUCAUCUGUGGUAUGCUGGGGUUCCCUGAUGAGAAAAAGGUCAACAAGAACUUCUACAAACUGAACACAGAGCGUCAGAAGAACCAGUACCACCUCCACUCUGUGGCAUGUGUUGGCACUGAGGUCCACCUGGCAGCCUGCCCCCUGGAGUUCAACAAGGGUAAUGCCACAGGUUCCUGUAAGGGCGGCAUGCCAGUUGUGGUCAGCUGUGUACCUGGACCACAGUACGUACACAACAACGGACUGAAGAAGAAACUGAAAACCACGAGCACGGUGAGGCUGAAGGGUGGUGCCAAGCUGGGUGAGGGCAGAGUGGAGGUACUGAGGAACAAUGAGUGGGGCACGGUGUGUGACGACCGUUGGACCCUGCUGUCUGCCAGCGUAGUGUGUAGGGAGCUGGGCUUUGGAUCUGCCAAGGAGGCCCUGACUGGAGCUCGCAUGGGACAAGGGAUGGGUCCUAUCCACAUGAAUGAGGUCCUGUGUCUGGGGACGGAGAAGUCGAUGUGGAACUGUGGCUUUAAGAACAUAACCUCAGAGGACUGCCAGCAUGUAGAAGACGCCGCUGUGAGGUGCAACACGCCAUACAUGGCUCUGGAGAACUCGAUCCGCCUGACAGGGGGCCGUACGCGGUAUGAGGGGCGGGUGGAGGUGCUGAGCACAGAGGCUAACGGGACCAGGAUCUGGGGGCUGAUCUGUGGAGGGGCCUGGAGUACCAAGGAGGCCAUGGUGGCCUGCAGACAGCUGGGGCUAGGCUACGCUAACCACGGCCUGCAAGUGCGUAUCGUGGGAGGCAGGACGUACUAUGAGGGCCGUGUGGAGGUUCAGGUGGGGGCGCGGUGGGGCACGGUGUGUUCUGCCAGCUGGACCACUAAAGAGGCCAUGGUAGUCUGCAGACAGCUAGGCCUGGGAUACUCCAUGCAUGCCAUCACUGAAACAUGGUACUGGGACAGUAGUAAUGUGACCGAGAUGGUGAUGAGUGGAGUGAAAUGUACAGGAAACGAGAUGUCUCUGAGCCACUGCCAGCAUCACAGGACUGUCAGCUGUCAGAAGACUGCUGCCAAGUUCUCUGCUGGGGUCAUCUGCUCAGAGACUGCGUCUGACCUGGUCCUGAAUGCUCCCCUGGUCCAGCAGUCCGUGUACAUUGAGGACCGCCCACUCCACAUGUUGUACUGCGCAGCGGAGGAGAACUGUCUGUCUAAGUCUGCUGCUAGUGCUAACUGGCCCUACGGACACCGCCGCCUGCUACGGUUCUCCUCUCAGAUCCACAACAUCGGACGGGCCGACUUCAGGCCCAAGGCCGGUCGCCACUCCUGGGUCUGGCACGCCUGUCACGGCCACUACCACAGCAUGGAUAUCUUCACCCACUAUGAUCUGCUGUCGUCCAACGGGACCAAGGUGGCUGAGGGACACAAGGCCUCCUUCUGUCUGGAGGACACUGAGUGUCACGAAGGUAUCUCUAAGAGGUAUGAGUGUGCUAACUUCGGAGAGCAGGGCAUCACCGUGGGGUGUUGGGACCUGUAUCGCCAUGACAUCGACUGCCAGUGGAUCGACAUCACCGACAUCAAACCAGGAAACUACAUCUUACAGAUUGUGAUCAAUCCAAACUUUGAAGUGGCAGAGAGUGACUUCACCAACAACGCCAUGAAAUGCAAUUGCAAAUACGACGGACACCGGAUCUGGCUUCACAAUUGCCAUAUGGGUGAUGCCUUCAGUGAGGAGGCAGAGAGGAGGUUUGAGAAGUACCCAGGGCAGUUCAACAAUCAGAUCUCAUAAUCCUCCUAGCAACACACCAAUCUGUUCCAGACCCAUGUACAAACCAAAGACGAGGGCUGAUGCCUUUCAUCAUGUUAAACAAUGGGACAACCAAUCACCCUUCAUCACCUAGCUACCUAUCAGAACCAACCAUUCAUCAUCAGAUCACAAAGCAACCAACCAAUCACACACCUAAAUUCCACAAGGCAGCAGUCUGAUCUGAAGGAUCCAUGCCAAAGUCAUGUUGUAUUGUGAAUGUGUUGGUGUGUGUCUCAGUUAGUAUUAUUGUUAUAUUAUACUGGAAUACUCAGUGCUUGGUUUUCAAAAACAAACUUACUUUAGAUGUUUUGUUCAAAUGUGAGUAUAUUAUGUUACAUUGCGUGACAGAAGAACAAUUCAUAAGCUUUCAUACAACUAGUCUUAAUGUGAUUUAUUGAUAUGCAACCUUUUUUCAUUCACGUUUUGUUUAAGUUAUGAAUGAAGUUUUAUUUUUAUAGCCAGUCUAGUUUUGAAAGGUGCUCCAGGAGAAGACCUCAUUGUUCUAACAGCAUGAGGCAUCAGUCAGAGAACCAUUCUACUGCCUCUCCUCAUAGACUUAGAUAGACAGCUCUAAAGCCCUAAAGCACAGCAGCGCCAUUGAGGACUUUCACCAUACUGAAGUAGUCAACUGGGUGGGACUUCCUAUUGGUUAAGGAAUGAUCACAUGAUUCCGCCCAGGUCAUCAGGAGGGAUCAGCCAAUGAAUUAUACUCCUGAGCAAACAUUCCGUAACUCCAGGGGGCAGUAAAUCCCCAACCAUGUCUUUAUACCUGUUCAGACAACACCCUGGGGGCAGUAAAUCCCCAACCUUGUCUUUAUACCUGUUCAGACACAGCCUCCAGGGGGCAGUAAAUCCCCAACCUUGUCUUUAUACCUGUUCAGACACAGCCUCCAGGGGGCAGUAAAUCCCCAACCUUGUCUUUAUACCUGUACAGACACAGCCUCCAGGGGGCAGUAUGCAUGUUUGUUAACCAACUCAUAGAAGUCAUAGAGAAUGUCUUUAAUGGUGCCGCCCAUGCUGUCAAAAAAGCUAUUAUGGCUCAGAUGUAAAGACACCUCCUUUAUCAACCUCUUUGAUCUCCAUGCAGUUCUGCUAUAGAUCAUAGUCAAGAUCUAAUUGUUAAGUGUUAAACCAUCCACCCCUAGUCAAGUGUUAAACCAUCCACCUCUAGUCAAGUGUUAAACCAUCCACCCCUAGUCAAGUGUUAAACCAUCCACCCCUAGUCAAGUGUUAAACCAUCCACCCCUAGUCAAGUGUUAAACCAUCCACCCCUAGUCAAGUGUUAAACCAUCCACCCCUAGUCAAGUGUUAAACCAUCCACCCCUAGUCAAGUGUUGAACCAUCCACCCCUAGUCAAGUGUUAAACCAUCCACCCCUAGUCAAGUGUUAAACCAUCCACCCCUAGUCAAGUGUUAAACCAUCCACCCCUAGUCAAGUGUUAAACCAUCCACCCCUAGUCAAGUGUUAAACCAUCCACCCCUAGUCAAGUGUUAAACCAUCCACCCCUAGUCAAGUGUUAAACCAUCCACCCCUAGUCAAGUGUUAAACCAUCCACCCCUAGUCAAGUGUGUCAUUGUGCCUGAUUGUACCAUCGGGUGUUUUAACGCGGUGCUCAGACCUAGUGGGACCUAGUGGUCUCUUAUGGUUUCAGCUGGUUGAGGAGUUCCUAUGGGGAUAUAGUUUAGAUUUGCUUUUACGCAAAGGGGACGAUUCCGACGUAGGAAUUUACACCUUCCCACGCAGGCCUUUCCUACACACUUCUCAGUAUUUGGUAUUCAGACUUUGCUUAUUCAGUCUUGUAAUGCGCUCUGCAGGCGUGGUUCCCUUGCGCUCUGAAUAAACGUCAUUCAACCGAGGAAAACCCUCCCACUUGCUGCCCAACAGAUGUUCUCAUGGAGUUUUUAUUCAAUAGGGUUUUCAGUAUAUUUAUCUGAAGCCAUCCCUUUAAAUACUGUGUACCUUUUAAUGUUGUCGACAGACUAGACUACAUGGAGACAACGGGUUCUGGGAUCAAUUUAAAAAAAUAUAUAUAUAUUUACAACAAAAUAUAUAUAUAUACAACAGUAUAUAUAUAUAUACAACAAAAUUAAAAGGUACACUGUAUUUAAAGGGAUGGCUUCAGAUAAAUAUAUAUAUUUUGAUGGUUUUCUCUCAUGUAAAGGGGGUGGAAUUAUGUCAAUGUUAGAAUACAGCGUAUCUGUAGACACAUCUCAUGUCUUAGCUUUCCAACCCAAACGAAUAGCGUUGAUAUUCUCAUGCUGAUGUUCAAGGUCAGAAUACACAGACAGGGUGCUAUUCUCAUGCUGAUGUUCAAGGUCAGAAUACACAGACAGGGUGCUAUUCUCAUGCUGAUGUUCAAGGUCAGAAUACACAGACAGGGUGCUAUUCUCAUGCUGAUGUUCAAGGUCAGAAUACACAGACAGGGUGCUAUUCUCAUGCUGAUGUUCAAGGUCAGAAUACACAGACAGGGUGCUAUUCUCAUGCUGAUGUUCAAGGUCAGAAUACACAGACAGGGUUCUAUUCUCAUGCUGAUGUUCAAGGUCAGAAUACACAGGCAGGGUGCUAUUCUCAUGCUGAUGUUCAAGGUCAGAAUACACAGACAGGGUGCUAUUCUCAUGCUGAUGUUCAAGGUCAGAAUACACAGACAGGGUGCUAUUCUCAUGCUGAUGUUCAAGGUCAGAAUACACAGACAGGGUGCUAUUCUCAUGCUGAUGUUCAAGGUCAGAAUACACAGGCAGGGUGCUAUUCUCAUGCUGAUGUUCAAGGUCAGAAUACACAGACAGGGUGCUAUUCUCAUGCUGAUGUUCAAGGUCAGAAUACACAGACAGGGUGCUAUUCUCAUGCUGAUGUUCAAGGUCAGAAUACACAGACAGGGUGCUAUUCUCAUGCUGAUGUUCAAGGUCAGAAUACACAGACAGGGUGCUAUUCUCAUGCUGAUGUUCAAGGUCAGAAUACACAGACAGGGUGCUAUUCUCAUGCUGAUGUUCAAGGUCAGAAUACACAGACAGGGUGCUAUUCUCAUGCUGAUGUUCAAGGUCAGAAUACACAGACAGGGUGCUAUUCUCAUGCUGAUGUUCAAGGUCAGAAUACACAGACAGGGUGCUAUUCUCAUGCUGAUGUUCAAGGUCAGAAUACACAGACAGGGUGCUAUUCUCAUGCUGAUGUUCAAGGUCAGAAUACACAGACAGGGUGCUAUUCUCAUGCUGAUGUUCAAGGUCAGAAUACACAGACAGGGUACAUGAAAAGGGAAUAACGUUCCAUUUACGAGCUCUUACCUCGGGUCGGAUUCGGCCUGAUACAGCACAGACCUGAAAGUGAAUCAUAUUUGUGAAUGUAUUUAUUGUCCAGUGUUUCCAGGUGCUAAAGGAUUAUUAUGCCAGACUGAGAUAAGGGAUAUUCAUUAGGCUAUGAUACAUUAAACAACAGGCUGACUGAC